AUGAACGAGACUGGAGCGUCAGCGACAGCAGCAAACAGCACGGAUGGCCCUAGUGCAGCAGCAGCGACUCCGAGCGCAGAAGCGGUGGGAGCAGCAAGUGCAGGAACAACUGCAGCAGCAGCAGCAGCGGGGGAUCGGCAAGGGACGCCCCCGUCCGUUGCUGCGGGCUCCGACCCCGCCGAUCAAGCAGCAGCAGCAGAGGCUGCAGCAGCAGCAGCGGCAGCAGCAGCAGCAGUUCCUCCUCUCCCGCAGGUCGUUAGUACUGAGCCCGGCUGUUGCUUGCUAUGCAGUGAAAAGAAGGGUUUAACCCUGCUGCAGCUACUGAAGGUACAGCUGGCUCCACAAGCAGCAACAGCAAAUGAAACACACAGUGCAGCGGCAGGCGGAGCAGCUGCUGCUUCUGGGGAGCAGCAGCCCGCUGCUGCAGCGGCUGAUUCUGCGGCGAAUGCUGCUGGAGAUGGAAGCAGCAGCAGCACCUCCGGGCAGGCGCAGCCGCAGCAACAGCAGCAGCAGCAAACCGUGUUGAUGCCGCUCCUGUUCGUCCCGGGUGCAACGAAGGAGGCCUCGUGGUCGCCCUGCGGGAGGCGGUUGGCUGUCGUCACAGCAGCAGAAGGGUUGCUGCUGUUAGAGCACCCUACGUGGAAAGUGGGGCCUCAGCUGCAGCAGCAAGCAGCGCAGCAGCUGCUGCGUGCUGACUGGCUGCUGAAGCAGGACCAGGGCGAGCAGAAGAGGUCUGCCACUGCUGCUGCUGCUGCCGCUGCGAUCGCCGGUGCAACAGCAGCAGCGCCUACGGCAGCUCAAGCAGCAGCAGCGGCCAUUAGGGAGAGCGUGUUGCAGUUGGUUGCUGCGGAGCUUCAGCAGCAGCUUGUGCGCAUGCCUCUGAAGCCGGAAAUAGUGCCUCAGGGUCAACAGGAGCAGCAACAGCAGCAGCAGCAGCAGCUGCUGCAGGUGGAUCCUGAUGCGCAAGUUAAGGCACUGCACUGGUCCCCAUUGGGCACCUACUUGGUAGCAAACAUUCAGCUGGACUUGCGGACGAUGCUGCUGCAGCAGCAGCGCAGCAGCAGCAGCAGCAGCUCUGCAAGCGAGUGCGCUGCGGAUGGGGGUAGCAGCAACUCGGAAGCUGCUUCUUCGUCGGCUUCUGCUGCAGCUGCAGGGGCGCCUGCAGCUGCAGCCGCGACGUCGGCAGCAGCAGCAGCAGCAGCGGAUCACAAUGUGUUUGUGUGGGAGGCUGCAACGGGGAGGGUCGUUGCCUCGCUGCAGCAGAAACGGCUAGUUUGGCCUCUGCUGCAGUGGAGAGACGAUGAAGCCUAUUGCUGCAUCCCAAAGAGGCCCCAUCUUAUGGUGUACGCUGGGAACGACCUCAGCCGCCUUCUCUUCUCUGUCUUCUUAAGGCGUCUCAAGACCUUUGGAAUUGGCCCCGUGCUGCAGGUGCAGCAGCAGCAGCAGCAGGAGCAGCGCCUAUGCAUUGCAUGCUUCUCCUUCGGAGCUACGCAGCAGCAGCAGCAGGCUGCUGCUUGCCCUCCUUCUUUCUCGGUCAUCGAGAUCCCAGAUGUGUCUGCAGCAGCAGCAGCUGCUGCUGCAGCAGUAGCAGCAGCGAAGGAACGAGGAGAGGACCCCGAAGCAGCAGCUGCUUUCGACCCCACACCAAACCCACAGCAGCAGCUGCUGGAUCUUCUGCAGGAGCAGCUGCAAAAGUGUGGAGAGGGGGGUGCAAGUGCAACGGGUGCUGCAGCAGCGGAUGCUGGUGGUGAUGCAUCAGCAGCAGCAGCAGCAGCAGCUGCUGCUGCUGCGUCGGUGCCAGCCUCCCGCGCUCUUGCUGCGGUUACUGGAGCAACGGCAGCAGCAGCAGCAGCAGAAUAUGAUAAGGCCUUGCGCCUCUCGCCUCCGGGGAUUUCGUAUGCUUCUCGCCUUGCAGCUCCACCUGUUUUCUUCAGCAUCUGUGUCCCUGGCUCCAUCUCUUUGUGUGCGUGCGUGUCUGUGUUUCUGAGGGAAAAUUACGGUGGAGUUGGAGACUGCUGGGCCGUUUCCUUUGGUACGCCGCAGCAUCCACAGGCCGUUGCUGCUCUGCAGCACAUACAGCGCCUGGCCCUGCAAGAACAGCAGCAGCAGCAGCUGCAGGAGGAGGAUGCUUCGUUGGCGCUUCACUGCUGCGUCAGACGCAUCAGCAAGAAGAUCGUGCAGGAUGUAACAUGGAGCCCUACUAGGGACGAGUUUGUUCUGAUAGAGGGGAAGUCUCCAAGUGACAUCGUGCUGCUGGACCGCCAGGGGCGAACGCAGUUUGUCUUCCCGCGUCGAUAUCGCAACUUCGUAUCUUUUUGCCCUUUUGGCCAGAUGGCGGUGGUUGCUGGCUUUGGAAAUCUAGCGGGGGAAGUCAGCUUUUAUUAUAGAGACAAAGCGUCGCAGGGCAUGCAGCACAUUAGCGAAUUCAAAGCCCCGUGCACCGUCCUGGCCUUGUGGGCUCCCUGUGGCUCCUACUUCGCAACGGCCUCCACCUACCCCCGCAUGAAGGUUGACAACUGCCUGAGCGUACUUGACUACAGAGGGGAGUCUGUGCAACGUCUUCAGUUCGAUGAGCUGUACCAUAUUGCCUGGAAGCCGGAGUCUGAUUUGGAGCCUCCGAGUGCGCCUCAGCCCAACGAGCGUCUGCUGGCCGCGGCGGAGAACCAAGCCUUCCGGCCGAGGGGGACAACACAGCGGGGAAUAACCUCCCGCAUAAUGAACGGGGAGGCCCUGGACGAGUCGGAGCUGCCCGAGGAGCUGCGGAGACAGCGCGAACAGCUGAGGCGUCGGAAGACUGCUGCUGCUGCAGCGGCGAAGCGGAAGGAGGGAGAGGUGGUUGAACUGGAAUGGAGGCGCCAGCCAAAGCAAGAACCGAGAGUCCCUUCUGAGGAGGCAGCAGCGGGGGCUGCAGCGGCGCCUACUGCUGCUGCUGCUGCAGGGGAAGGGAAGCAGCGAGGCGGGAGCGGCUCAAGCAGCACCUCACAGGCUAGAAGCGGCAGCAGGAGCUCUGCAGCUGCGGCGGGAGGACGCCAACAGCAGCAGCAAGAUGCCGCAUCAAGUGCUCCGGCGAGCGCCUGUUUCUCAGGAGAUGAAGGCGGUCAGGGGUCGCAAGGCGUUGCGGCACAGCAGCAACAGGAACAUCAAACGCAACAGGUUCAACAGCAACAGCAGCAGCAACAACACAGCCGGCGCAAGGCUGCGGAUUCAGCUUCCCUCGGGGCAGAUUGCUCACUAGCAAGCGGUGGAGUGGAAGAUCUGGCUGCAAUGCUGGAGCAGCAGUCGCUGCAAAUGGUUCAGCCGCAGCAACAACAGCAGCGGCAGCAGCAGUGGCAGCAGCACUGGCAACAGCAGCAGUUGCAACAGCACCAACUGCAGCAACAGCAGCUACAACAACAGCAGCUGCAACAGCAUCAGCUUCAGCAGCAGCAACUCCAACAGCAACAGCUUCAGCAGCAGUUGCAGCAGCAGCAGCAGCAGCUGCAAGAGCAGCAGCUGCUGCAGCAGGGAAGUCGCGCCCCCGGAAUGCAGCAGCAAGCAGCAGCAGCUGGUCUUCAAGUGGUGGGGCCAGCACAUCCACCCGUAGGGGUCAUAGGUUCCCAGGUGCGGCAGCCGCAGCAGCAGCAACAGCAACAGCAGCAACAGCAGCAACAGCAGCAGCAGCAGCAGCAACUGCUGCAGCAUCUGCAGCAGCAGCUGCAAAUCCAGCAGGCAGGGAGCGCUGGCUUUUCUCGUGCACCAGGACACAAUUCACAGCAGCAGCAGCAGCAGCAGUUGUCGGCUGAGGAGCUGUCUGCAGCAUUGCGGAUGAUGCUGCCGAACUUGCCUUCAGCGCAGCAGAAUCAGGUGGUGCGGCAGCAGCAGUGGCAACAAACAACGAGAGGAGACAACGCUCUGAGUGCGCUAGCGGCUGCAGCGGUGCGACAGCAGCAGCAGCAGCAGCUGCUGCUUCUGAGACAGCAGCAGCAGCAACAACAGCAGCAGCAGCAACAGCAAGACUUGCAGCAGCAGCAGCACCUGGAGGCCCAGUUGCGCCCAUUGCUUCAGCAACUACAGCGAGGUACUGCCGAGCCCACUUUGGGUCGGGGAGCUGCUGCGAUGCAGCAGCACCAAAAGGCACUGGCGCUGCUGCGUGCUGCUGCAGCACAGCAGCAUAAACAACAAAACCAGCAACAGCAGCAGCAGCAACGCAAUCUGGUUCUUCAGCAGCAACAAGCAAUCCAACAACAGGAGAUGCAACGGCAGCAGCAGCUGCGACAACAACAGCUGCUUCAGUUGCAGCAACAAUCAGAACUGCAACGAGAUGGCAGCUUGGACGUACACGUGCCGCAGCAGCAGCGCCAGGCGUCAUCAGCGGCAUCAGCUGCCGCUACCUUGAUGAACCUGCCGCGGGAAGCGCGUCUGUUGCUGCAGCGACUGCAGCAGGGCGACGGAGCUCAGAAGACGGCGCAGCUGCUGCAACAGUUGCAACAACAGCAGCAGCAGCUUCAACAGCAGCAACAGCUGCAGCAACAGCUUCAGCAACAACAGCAGCAGCAGCAGCUGGAGCAUGACGAGGUGCAGCAACAACAGCACUACAGGGGGCAACGUUCCACAGCGACGUCGCAGCAAAGACACGGCCUAAGGCAACAAACUUGGAACAGCGGGACUGACAAUGAGCAGCAACAACAGCUUACUCGGCAGCAGCAGCUGCAACUGAUGCAACAGUUGCAGCAACAGCACAAGCAGCACCCACAGCAGCAACAGCUGCAACAACAACACCUACUGCUUCAGCAACAGAUGCAACAACAGCAGCAGCAGCUACAAGUGCAGCAGCUGCUGCAGCAGCAGCAGCAGUUGCAGCAACUGCUGCAGCAGCAGCAGCAACAACAGCAACAGCAACAGCAGCAACGACAGCACCAGCAGGGACGUAGGCCAGAUGCAAUGAAUGAGAAGUGCUGGCAGUACAUUGACCCCAAGGGGAACGUGCAGGGCCCUUUUUACAUUAAGGAAAUGCUUGCAUGGAGCGCCUGCGGGUACUUCGAUCCCGGGCUGCCGGUGCGGUGCUGCAGCUCGGAUAAAUUUGUCCCUCUCAACAAAAUGUACCCUCCACCUGUGACCCCCUUCCUGAUGCCACCGAAACCCCAAGCAGCAGCCGCUGCUAGUGCUACUGGCUUUGGCAGCAGUGGGGGCCCCCCUUCCACGUCGAACACUCCCACAGCAGGGGGCCCGUCUUCAGCGCCGCACGUAAACAGCACUGAAGAUGGCAACAGCAGCGGCGGCACAGCAGGCGCAAGCGGACUUCCUGUUGGGGACCUUAGUGCUGCUGCCUCCGCUUCGGGAGGCAGUACACCCCUUGGUGGCAACGAUGGACGCACUUAA